AGAUUUGGGGAAUAACAGAAUUAAAGAAAUUCAGCCUGGGGCAUUUGCUGAUCUGAAAAGUUUAGAAAAGUUGUAAGUAUCCAUCCAUGUAACACACAAAUUAAAUUACAGAAGUCCUAUACCAUAUUAGCCCACAAUUCAAAGAAUAACAUCACAGUACCUGUUGAAUAAACAAAACCCAAAAUUUAAUUUGCAUUGUAAACUUUCUUUAACAUAUUGAUCUGUCAAAGCCUUUUUCGCCGGAGGCCUUUUAAAUAUAGAACUAUUUAAAAUAUGUUUUUAAUUAAAAAUAUUUAGUCGAUGGUAUAUUGUGUUCGUUCUUAUAACUCUUUAACUUUCUUUUUUAGGGACUUAUCAAACAAUCAACUAAAAAAUAUUCCUGAGAAUCUGUUUCAUGGUCUCGUGUCUUUGCGUUACCUGUAAGUGCUAGAUUUCUCUGUUGCAACAAACAGGUUGUGUAUGCCAAGAAAAAGUACUAAAAGAACAUCAGUAAAUAUUGGGCUGUUUGUCAAUGAUUUAAUAUAUUACACGACCGUGAUUGGUUAAUUUCGGUGCAGUAAUACUAUCAAACAGCGCAACAGUGCAAAAUUCUAGAAAAACAGUGCAAAAAUCUAUAGCAACAGUGCAAACACCUGUAACAAUAGUGCAAAAAUAUGUAAGAAACAAACGUGGUGGGUGGGAAAAACAAUGAGGUCUGAAAUCAACCAAACAGCUAGCCUUAAAGCAGUCCUCGAAUAUAACGGUCAGAGAUUUCUUCAAAACAAAACAAACACGGCGGUUGCCGUACUAGAGUAAAAUUAUUGUUCGGGUAGAAAAUAUGACUCCAUCUUUUUUAAAAUGAAAAAAAAAUUCCCUUAAUUAAGCAAUUAAGUCUAACAAAAAUUACAUGGUUGAGUGAAAUUUCCAAACAGUUAGUGUUGUAUAAUAUUAUAAAAUAAAGCGAGAAAACUUUGUUAGUGGACGAUUCCCCAUAUCAAUGUAAGUUAAAACUACAAUUGUCUCGAAAGUUUUGAAUGUAUAUUGUUAAUACUACAUGUUAAUAUUACAUGCGCACGUGCGUUGCUAGUACUAAUUGCAGUAAAAAUUCGAAUCCCAUGAAUUUUGGACCAUGCAAGCUUGAAGCUCUGACGGUAGCCUCAGAUAUAAUAUAUAAAAGAAACAAAGCCGCUACCAAACAUUCAGAAACGGAGAACUGUGUGAAUGCUGAUGCUAAGAAACCAUGAACAGUACUUGGAAUUUCUUCUGAAACGAUUCUCAAGCAAUAUUCAUUCCUCCAAAAAAGAAACAUUGAUAUGGUGCUAAAUACUCUUGUUUCUGCAUGACAUGAAUUAUUAAUGAGUGUAAAAAGAUAAAAAAAAGAAUUUAAAAAGAAUGGUAAGGUUGGAGAAAAGUGUACAAUGGAACCAUUUGUCCCAUAAUUUGUUUAACGUCAGCAGAAAAAUAUUUAAAAGAAGAGAAAAAUAUUAAAUUAAAAAUGAAGCCAAAUGUUCUAUAGAUAAUUAACGAACACAAUUGAAAGGGGUCCAAGCUAAAAAAGAUUACCCAUUCAUUGAACGUAAUGUGAUAAAUUUUUUACCCUUACCCUUCCAACCGGCAGAAAGUUAACAGUGUUAAACUUGUAUACGUUUAGGUUCAGUACUAUCAAACUGUCGAUAACUCCGAAAAUACUUUCGUUUAUUAUUUAAUUUGUGUACAGCUAGUGUGAUUUUGUGAUUUCUUGCAAUUUGAUUGGCUGCGGCAAGCGGACGGCUUUUUACGGUAUUUAGGCCGCGCGAGCAGGAAAGUUAUUCGUUUAGCGGCAAGACAAUUUUUAAACUCAAAACACGUAUUACCCAAAAAAUCGAAAAAUUCAAGUAUCGAUAUACUAAGGAUAGCAAAAUACAGCGAAUUUACUUCGACUGAUUUUGUACUAAGCCCGAAAUGUGACCAAAAUGCGAAAAAACAAAUGCAAACAUCGAAAAAACACCCCACAUGUAUUUAGCAAUUGUUCGAAAAUAUAGGUAUAAAUAUAAAUACUACAGCUUGUGCUUAAAUAUAAUAUUUUAAAUAUUUACCUUAAAUGACAUAUUAAGGACGAUUCCUAGUUCUGUCAAAAUUGUUUUUAUAAAUGUUGUAAUGGACAAAUUGUAGUUCGGCAACUAAUAUUUGUAAUUGUCUGUCAAAAAGCAUUUUUCAAGCAUGUCCAUGUAAAACAAUCCGGAAAAUAAAUAAUUUUACUUAAUUUAACUUCUGUUGUCUUGUUAUGUAAAAAGCAUCAACUAAAAGCUUUUUAUCCAGCUUUUAUCGCGUCGUUUUAGCAGUUUGUCAGCCAUCCUUCAAUUAAAGUAACAAACGCAACUGACCUCAAAUGGACUUCGCAACUGGAAUUUUAUCGGAAAUUCAUUAUAACCAAGAAACAUCACAUGAAAAAAUAAACACGUUAUUUACUAUUUAGGUCGGUCCGCACUAAAAAAAACAUUUUUCCUCGGCCUCGGGCCGCUUCUGAGAUCUUGGGGAAAUAUUUUUUUCAGUACGGCCCUCCCACUCGAUAAAUAACUUAAGUUAUUAAUAUGUUCCCUUUGGGACCAAGAAAAUAAACGAUUUCUCCAUCCGUGUUAGAGUCAUUGACUAUAACAAUGAGUCUACUAUUACAUAUUCAUUGGAAACUUCAUAUUUUAUGUUUUCUCAGGAAAGUGGAUCAUUUCACUCUGUGCUGUUACGCAGAGAAAAGCAAUCCAGGUGUUACGUGUAUUUCCAACGAAUCCGAUGGUAUCUCAAGUUGUGAUGAACUUUUAAAAAACACAGUCUUAAAGUAUUGCAUCUGGAUCCUAGGCAUUAUGGCUUUCGCUGGAAACCUGAUAGUCAUCAUAUGGCGAGCUAUUGCAAAAGAUGUGAACCGAGUGAAUUCAUUUCUUUUAACGAAUCUUGCGGUUGCUGAUUUAUUAAUGGGAGUGUACAUGUUGAUUAUUGCUUAUAAAAAUACCGAAUGGGACGGAGUGUACUUUAAACAUGAUUUCUCAUGGCGUGAUAGUUAUCUGUGUAAAUUUGCUGGAGUUAUUUCAAUUGUAUCGAGCGAAGUGUCAGUAUUAACCUUAACAGUCAUCACGCUUGAUCGUUUAAUCUGCAUUGUCUUUCUGUUUCGAUUCACACGUUGGUCGGUUAAGAAAGCUUCAGCGAUAAUGUUUGCGGUUUGGAUACUGGGAUUCUGUAUCUCUACAACACCACUGUUCUACGAUGCUUAUUUUUACAAUUACGAGCUGGAUGUCCAUUUCUUUGGUCGCUCUGCUGUUUGUCUACCUUUUCAUCUAUCAAACGACCGCCCAUCAGGCUGGGAAUACUCCGUGUCUCUCUUUAUUGUUCUGAAUGGUGUUUCAUUCCUAUUCAUACUUCUGGCGUAUGCGUCCAUUUAUCAUACAACUGUCAAGUCAGCUAAAAAUGUAAGAGUCAUACUUCUAUUGCGGGUGUCUGAGUUUAUACUUAGUGGUCUCAGUAAUGUUUACGGGUCAACUCAUAAUCGUGAAUUCCAAAAAUAUUGA